CGUCAGCUCCGGGGCGGGCCCGGAAGAGGCGGUUGUUAUGUUGAGCCGCCAUGGUGUGCGAGAAGUGUGAGAGGAAGCUGGGCACGGUGAUCACUCCUGAUACGUGGAAGGAUGGGGCGAGAAACACCACAGAAAGCGGUGGCCGAAAGCUGAACGAAAACAAGGCACUGACCUCGAAGAAAGCAAGGUUUGAUCCUUAUGGAAAGAACAAAUUUGCAAUAUGUCGAAUUUGUAAGAGUUCUGUCCAUCAGCCUGGGUCUCACUACUGUCAAGGAUGUGCCUAUAAAAAAGGCAUCUGCUCAAUGUGUGGCAAGAAGGUGUUGGAUACGAAGAACUACAAGCAAACUUCUGUCUGAUUACAUUGAUCAGUUUUUCAUGAACUUCUGACUUCUGCAUCUUUGUACGUUUACCUCUGUCCAAUAUUGUUGAUGAAUAUUACUUCCUGGAAGAUAAUACACUUACUUGGGAUGAGCUUAGGGGAGAAGACAGCCUGGUUGUUUCUGUAGAAAUGAACACGGUAUUGGAUUGUUGUUGUUGUGGCACUAACGUUAAUAUUUAAGGGGUAAUGGUUUGCAGCAGCUGAUACAGCUCAUAGUGAUAGGUUGAAACUAUGUUACUAUCAUAUCAGAUCCUUGAGGUGAGCACUUACUGUUCUGUUGUCCUGUCUUGAAUCUUCUUGUGUGCUGGUAAUACUUAACGGAUGCAUAAAAUAUGAGCUUAUAUCACAUCUUUAAAAUACCAUCAUUAAUUAGUUCUGUGCUUACAGGUAUUUAUAUUUUUGCUCAUCCCUAACUAUUAUGUCCUGCACUUUGAUGUGCUGCUUUUCAGAGCUUAAUUCCAUUGUUCUGACCCAACGGUAGUGUCUGUUGAAUCGAAAGCUGUUAAACUACUGAAAUGCAGUGUAUUGCUGCAAAAGUAAGAACUGGCAGAGUAAGAUUGAUUAGCUAUUCCCUUGUCAAAUCCUAAGCAGAUUUUGCAUACAGCAUCUGGUGGCCCAAGGCAAUAAAAUAACGAGCAUCAAUUUCUCA